AUGCUGUCGACUCGCCAAUCGAUGCAUUACCCAAAGCUGCCACUGAGUCCAUCGCUUCUGGUUCAGCCAUCGCGUAGUCUUGAAGACGGAUCACCUUCUGCCAAAAGCGGCACUUCUACGAAGAGCUCCCUUCAAACAACAUCACCCAAGAAACCCGGCUCUGGAAUUCGUCCUCGUAGUAGCUCAAGUGAUUUUGGUAAGUGCGAAGGCGGUAUGGAAUACUUUGCUGAGCUGCUCAAGGAAAAGAAGCAUUUGACAAUGUUUCCAUCGCUUUUCCCAAAUGUGGAACGAAUUCUUGAAGAUGAAAUCAGUCGUGUCCGCGCGCAAAUCUUUCAAACGGAUUUUGUGCAAGGUGAACUCGCUCUACCUGAAGCUGUCGGGGAAAUCGUUACCAUCACUGAGAAGCUCUACGUUCCAAAGAAUGAUUAUCCUGACUACAACUUCGUUGGUCGGAUCUUGGGACCGCGUGGAAUGACUGCUAAACAGCUGGAGCAGGAGACUGGGUGCAAAAUAAUGGUCAGAGGACGUGGCUCAAUGAGGGAUCGCCGCAAGGAAGAUUCAAACCGCGGCAAGCCAAACUGGGAACACCUGGAAGAUGAGCUGCACGUGCUGAUUCAAUGUGAGGACACGGAAAAUCGUGCGCGAAUCAAGCUGAGCAACGCUAGCAAAAUCGUCAGGAAGCUACUUACUCCACCAGAGGGUACAGAUGAUUUCAAGCGCAAGCAACUUAUGGAACUGGCAAUCAUCAAUGGAACUUACAAGCCUCACAAGACGGGGAGCAUCUACAUGAAUACUCGUAUGAUGACACCAAUUUAUCCAAUGUCACCGAUGCGUCCUUUGCUGAUGUCGCCACAACCAUCGCCAAGUCCAAUCACGUUGCCAGCUAUGCCACAAUCGCCAGCUUUUGUCAGCAGCAGCUCCCAUGAGUACAAGCUUCAUCCAUCUGUCUACGAGGCCUUUUCUCUUCCGGUCCCCAUGGAAGCUCGUCAGCAGCAGCCACAAUCGGCAAUGCCACCACUUACUCCAAUGAGCGGAUUCUCCAAUUACUUCAAUCCGAUGUCUCUUCAUGGUGGCCCAUUUUUCCACGAUUCUCACCUACUUGGUCAACAAAUU